AUGAAAGGCCACGAAAUUUCCACUUGUAAGAGGCGCGAGUAUAAUAACGCCAGAGCUCAAGGGUUUCAAAAUUCCCCGCGCGUCAAUUUUGUUGAACUGCCUCAAGAGGAAGUAGGCUAUGAUGAAGUCGAUGAGGGUCAUAAACAGGGUAACCAGCCCCAAACUCGCACCCUCUCUAAUUCACUGAGCCACGAACAGGGUAACCAGCCCCAAACUCUCGCUCAUCCUAAGGGUCAUGAACAGGGUAACCAGUCCCAAACUCGCACCCUCUCUAAUUCACUGAGCCACGAACAGGGUAACCAGCCCCAAACUCUCGCUCAUCCUAAGGGUCAUGAACAGGGUAACCAGUCCCAAACUCGCACCCUCUCUAAUUCACUGAGCCACGAACAGGGUAACCAGCCCCAAACUCUCGCUCACUCUAAGAGUUCUAAACAGGGUAAUCAACCCCAAACUCUCAAUCAUUCCAAAGAGGUGUAUGAAGUUCAUAUUGAUACUACGAAACGGCUUUUACCGCAUGUCCUGCUAGAGUCUCAAGCCUCAGAUAUUCCUCUAUCUCUGCUAGUCGAUUCGGGCUCCGCCAUUUGCCUCAUAAAAGAAUCAAGUAUCCGAUCUAAUCAAAAACUAAUUAAAGAACCUAUCAAACUCAAGGACGAAGAUCUCAUGGAUCUACUCGUAUCACCACCUUCUUUCAACCCUGACGAGUUAACUGCAGAUAUUCAGGAUCCCUGUGAAUAUGACACCGCCGAAUUGGCACAGUCGUCUGACCCUAUCAUAGAACCUACUCUACCAACUGACCCUCCUUCAAAAGAUCCCAUAGAUCUAUUAGUACCACCUAAUGAUUUUAAUCCCGAUGACUUAAUCAUAACCUCCCAAGAUCAAGGUGAGCCUGUUAGAACUGAAAGUCAAAAUACACCUAACCUCAUCGUAGAGCCCGGUCCUCCUACAGACGAUUCUCUUAAUCUAAACCUACCUGAUGAUGACUAUCCCGCAUUCUUGAAAAUAAUUGCAGUUUUGGCAACCGUUGUUUACAGUGUUACACGGGGAGAACCCCAGCGGAACUACGUCCAGCCGAUUACUUCAAGUUCAGGUCUUUAUUACGACUACUUAGGAAAUUUGAAAAUCAAUAAUGUCCAGUUACAAGUUGUAAUUCCAGUAGAUAUUUCCCAUUUUAAACCACACAUCAAAAAUAUUGAAAAUACCUUAGAAACCUUGAAAUAUCUUUGUAAACAAACCAGAAUUGAACAAAUAGAUCAGGAAUGUCAUAAUUUAUUACAACCGAUAUCGGCGCGAUUCCAAGAUAUGAGUAAGGAGUUCUCUGCUAUUUCCCAUCUUCUAGACAAUAGAUCCAAGCGCAGUGCCUGGAUAGGUGUCAUAGGAACAGCAAUGAAACACAUAUUCGGUUCAUUGGACGAGAAUGAUGGUAUGAGGUAUAAUGAAGCCAUAACGACUUUACAAAAUGAUGAAAAACGGUUAGCCACGUUGAUGAAAGAAAAUAUCCUAGUUACUUCUUCUACUUUAAAGAUACAUAAUGAUAGUUUAUUUAAGAUUAGAGAAAAUGAGAAUAAUCUCGUUGUAGCUAUUGACAAGCUCUCUUUAAGUAUAAAAAACAUUAGUGAAUUAACUAACGGUCUGCAGAUCCUCAUUAAUGUUAACGAAGUUUUUAACGCUAUAGAAACUGCCAUAAUUACUCUGUCCUUUCAACUGGAAGAUGUCACUAACGCUAUAAUGUUUAGUAGUCAAAAUGUUCUCCACCCAUCAGUUAUAACUCCUAAGCAGUUAUAUCAAGAGCUUGUCGAUAAUUACAGACAUUUGUCUAAUGAUCUAGAAUUACCUGUAGCAUUAAAUAUUGAUUCUAUACAUUUAAUUCUAAGUAUAUCUAAAACAGUUUGUUUUUACAUUAGAGAUAAGAUUGUAUUUGUCUUAGAGGUACCGCUAGUUAACACGAAAGAAUAUGUAUUAUUCCAUAAUAUAGCUAUUCCGACGCCACAUAAUCCUAAGGAACCUAAUUCAUUUACUUUAAUAAUUCCUGAAAAUAAGUAUAUAGCAAUGACCAUAGACAAAUCGCAUUAUUGUGUGUUUAAUGAUCUUGGAGUGUGUAAGUCUGUAGGCACAGGAAACUUCAUUUGUGACCUCCAGAAUGUGUAUUCUACGGAUGCAAAACCUAUUUGUGAAACCAUUAAGAUUUUUUGUAUUAAACUAAACAACCGCCCAUUCCAAUAUUUUAAGAAGAAACAAGCAGUAACUUUGACAACCCCUGAAAUUAAGGAAACUAUAGACAGAACAGAAAUUGAUACUGAAAUAUCCAGUCCAGUAGCCCCACUUAGAACUAGGAUAUAA